CCGGCUUCCGGCGGAAGGAGACGCCGGCCCGAGUGGGCGGCGGGCAACCGGGGCGCAGGGUGGGCCGGCGCUCGGCUGACCUCUCUGGCCUUGGGCUGCGACAGACUCGAGCCUCGCGGACGCCGGGCCUCCUUCGCUGCGAUGGCGGCGCGCGCCCCGCCUCCCGACCCGUACGGCGCGCUGGGCGCGGGGCCCUCGGCGGGCGCGGCCGAGCUGCGGCGGCGCUACCGGCGGCUCGUGCGCACGUAUCAUCCAGACAGACAGAGUGCAGAUGCACCAGCAGAAGCGGUGGAGGAGUGUGUGCGGAAGUUCAUCGAGAUCGAUCAGGCGUGGAAAAUUCUAGGCCAUGAAGAGACCAAGAAGGAGUACGACCUGCUGCGGCUCGAAGAUGAUCUAAGAAAUUUGGGACCAGUAGAUGCUCAAGUAUAUCUUGAAGAAAUGUCUUGGAAUGAAGAUGAUCACUCUUUUUCUCUGAGUUGCCGAUGUGGUGGAAAAUACCGUGUUUCCAAGGAUGAAGCAGAAGAAGUCACCCUGAUUUCUUGUGAUACGUGCUCACUAAUUGUAGAACUCCUUCAUCGCAGCUGAAAUGGUUUAGUAAAUGGGAGCCUUUAACUGUGUGUUCACGCCAGCUUUGUCCUUUCAAGCAAAGGUGCACAGCUGAUAAAGAAGUAGGAUUCCUUUUUUGUCAGCUCUGUUAUUUGCACAGAAAAUAUAAGAUUGUCGAGCGAACGCCACCCCAGACUAAUAGAAAAUUAAUUUAGUUAUUUAUAAUUUGUAUUUACAAGUCACCAGAUAAAGGGAUUUGGAUUAUAAAUUAUAUUUAGUGAAUUCCCAUCUGAGAACUCUGUUAUUGGUUUGUUUUCUCCUUCGUACAAAAUAAGAAUUUUCCUUUUCUACAAAUAAGCAUGUCUCCUCUUUAAUGGGUCACAAUAUACAUUCCUUUCUACAGUCGGGCGCCACAUGGCAACAUUUCAGUCAACAACGGACCACAUUUACGGUGAGCCCCUAAGAUUAGUACCAUGUAGCUUCAGUGUGUAUUAGGCUGUACCAUCUAGGUGUGUGGAAGUACACGCUGUGAUGUUGCACAAGGAUAAGAUCACCUAAUGACACAUUUCUCAGAACACAUCCCUGUCAUUUAAGGACGCCUGACUGCAGUCACUGAGUUUCUAAAGCUGUUUCCAGCUGCUAAAGUUAGAGGCCUGUCGUCCAGCUGCCUCAAGUUCUUAGGUCAUUGGGAUUAAAUUAGAAUCUCUGGGAGGACAUGUGAGCCUCCUUCUCCAUGAUGAAGGCUGAGUGAGCUCACGAAAUUCUCCGAGUUAAGACAGAAGGCAGAGUGGCACAUAGUAGGUCCAAUACUGGCACUACGUUUCCAGAUUCUUCAUGGGGCUAUGUUAAAGGGAGUAAGCUCUGGGACACUGCCAUUUUGAACUUAAAGCGUAAUUUAGAAAAUGGUAGCUUUAAAAAAAAAUUGCAACAGGUGCAUUACUUUCCUUUUUAUUUUUCAGUAUUAAAAUACAAUGCUAAUGCCUAUAUUUAUGGAUAAGGAACCACUGCAUUGCUGCUAAGAUGAAUUGGACUCUUACUGAUCAUAGCAAACUGUAAAGGUUUUAUUUUUCUAUAUUAAUAUUCUAUGUACAGUGUAAGUCAGAACUCAUUUAAAAAACGUUACGGAAUCCUUUCCUUUAUAGGAUCACUGAAACUUCCUCACUUUCUCACUUUCAGAUGAGUGAGCCAGGCAUCUGACUGAGCAGCUUUUGACAAGGUUGAACUCUGGGUGUUGAUCGUUGGAUUGCAUGGAUAAGACUAGUGACUAUUCUGACU